UUGAUGGUGGCUAUACAAAUUUCACUGAGUGGACAGAAUGCACCGUCACCUGUGGAGGAGGAACACAGACAAGAACAAGAAACUGCACAAAUCCUAAACCUAGCAACGGCGGUAAAAACUGCAUCGAUGUAGCACCAGAUAAUGAAGUUAGGAAGUGCAACGUUCAUCUUUGCCCAGCGCCAAACAUUACAAUGGAUAAUAGAAUUUUUCACACCACUCAACUCAUCACCUUUGCUAUAAACAACUGUUCUGGAGGAUUGAACAAAACCUUUGACUUUGGAGAUCUGACCGUUAAAAGUACCUUGGCAUGCAGCAUUAGCCACCAAUACGCCAUGCCGGGAAUCUACGAGGUCCUUGUGUCUAUACCAAAGCAUCACAGUUUCAUGAUGUCUCUCUACCUCCAGGAUAAAAUUCAAAGUCUAGUCCUUGACAAGUCCAUACAAGCAUCAGUAGUUUUAGAGAGCUUUUGGCUUUACUGGAAAAUCCGCUUUGGUACAUUACCAUUCGUUGAAGUAAAUUAUGGCAAUGGAACAGGAACUUACAACUUUACCUUAGGAGAUCUUAGAGAUUCUUAUGUUGGCUUCAGCUCACAUAAUUAUACUGCAACUGGCGUAUAUAAUAUCACCGUAGUAGCCUCGAAUUUAGUCAGCCGUAAAAUGUUUAUUACCGAAGCCAUCGUUGAGGAUCGAGUCAUUAUCCAAAACAUUGAUGUGACGUACCUUGGAAUUUUCGACCGAUAUUAUCAAGUUGAUAAGCUGUUUGUCAAUAUGACGCUCACCAGUGGUAGUAACCCACAUUAUAGGUUUAUCAUGGAUAACGGAGUGAUAAUCCCUACUGGAUUGAAUCCAUCACUUUUGUAUAGUUAUCCACAACCAGGGACCUAUAACCUGACUGUCGAGGUUUACAACAACGCAAGUAGAGCUAACAUCACCAAACAAAUCGUAGCGCAUCCAGUUAUACCAAUAAAUGGCGACGCUCGCCUAACAGUUCCGCCAAAUGUUUACCUCACGCCUACACCAAUAGACAUCAAUCUGACUAUUGCUAACCCUUAUGAGUGUAUUUUUGAUUUUGGUGAUGGGACUUCAAAAAGGUUUCUCUCCAUUGACAAUAUAACCAUGUUACCUCAUGUGUAUGCCAGUACUGGAGUUUUUCCUAUAACAGUCAAUUGCAGUAAUCAUUUCAGCUCGAAGAUAUUCAGAGUAAAUGCAAUCGUCCAAAAAUCCAUCACUGGUCUUGCUUUCACGAAUGACGGCCCUAAAGAAAUGAAUGAAACCGUUACUUUCAAGGUAUCCAGUACAGACUGGGGUACUGACUCAUGCUACUAUAUCACUAUUGGAGAUGGGACAUCCUUCGGAUUUGGAAAACAACAUUGUAAAUCUAAACACCCAGAAGUGGACUUCAAAGAGAUCAAUAACGAUACAUAUAUCAUAACCAAUAUGUAUUACGAGAUAAAAAAUUUUCAUUCUUAUCUUCAUGCGUGGAAUCAAGUAUCCGAGUUCGAAAUGAAGAGGCAACUUCCUAUACUGAAAAUAUCGUGCAACUACCCCAAUACAACGAUUCUAAACAUUGCAAAAGAUAUAAACAAAGCUACUAAUUUCACAAGACUGGACACUGUAUUCUUUGAGACUUGGAUCAAGAUUGACUGUAGAGCCACACAAAUUAAGGAUGUAUUUUGGACAUACGUUAGCUUGUCGAAAGAAGGAGUUUCUGGAACAGAAGAAAAGAGUCUGGGAAUUAGAGAAAGUACGACUGUUUAUCCUAAGACUAUUGACUAUGGUCUCUACCGGCUUCGUUUUAACGUAUCCAUGAGAGACCAAGUGGGUGUGUUUAAGUACGAUGAAGGAUAUUUCAAAGUGGUACCUAACGAACUAAGACCCAUUAUUGAUGGGGGGAGCGCUAUCAUGAGGGGCUUCGACAAGCAUAUCUAUUUUGAUGGCUAUCGUUCGUUUGAUCCUGACUAUAACGGGAAUUCAGAUUUUGAAUAUUACUGGUAUAUGACCAAGGACCUAGAAAUGGACUUUAACUUGAAUGCUAUCUUAAAUGGUAGACCAAUUGAAGAGUCCCCUUCGUACGACGAACGAGAGUUCUGUAACAUGUCGCUCCCUCGUCGUAUCUAUAAAGGAAGCUCAAGAUUAGAGCUGUUUACUGGCCGGCUAAGAGUAUACGAGAGAUAUGCAGUCUUUCUUAUUGUAACCAGGAAUAUACACGGUGUUAAACGUUGGAAAGAGACCUAUCAGAUCCUGGAAAUUGUCGAGGGUGACCCACCUGCCAUAGGGAUAAAAUGUAAGAGAAACUGCAAAUGGAAAGUAACCCUCUCAGACAAGUUCUCGUUAGAAGGAUUUUGCCCAGAGGAAACUCCCUACAAGAAAAUCCAGUACUCUUGGGAAUUACAGAUCUCAGAUCAAAGUACUUCAAACCGGAAACGACGCAGUUUCGGCUCUCUCUCGUGGAGAACAGUAAAGGAACUCCGAAAUCUAACAGACACAGAAUUGAAUCAAAAGUUUUUAGUAAUAAGAGCAAAUACCCUCGAAGGAGAAAUCCCUUAUCGACUGAUUUUGACUGGAAAAUUUUAUGGACGGGCAACUGGUCGUUCAAUUUUUGAAUUUAUAGUCAACAAGCCCCCACACGGUGGAAGUUGCAGUGUGGAUAUUUCUUCUGGCUUUGCAGAUAAAACGAACUUCACGUUUCACUGCUCCGACUGGAAAGACAAGGAUCAACCACUCUCCUAUGAGCAUAACUAUCGUAGUGUAUACGGCCUGGCGACCUUGAUCUAUUACGGCCGCAAAAACAUUGUGAAAACCAAACUUCCAGUUGGUAAUCCGCAAAAGAAUUUUACCACAAUUUUUUUCGUCAAAAUUAUAGAUGCGUUAGGAGCAUAUACAGAAUUUGAUAUGGCAGUUCAGGUAAAACUCCCUCCAGGUGAAAAAAAUAACCUGAUGAGCAAGUUUUCUUCUGCUCUGGGCAAUGAUAGUGACUUGACGAACAUGAUCAAGGAAGGAAGGGUGCAAGAAUUUACGCAGGAGGUGAAUUCACUGGCUUCCGUCAUCAAUGUUUUUGCCGAGGAAAAAAAUGGAAGCGAAGAGGAUAGGAAAAGCAGACAAGAGAUGAGAACACAAAUAGUAAAAACGCUUUACAAAGAAGAGAUCAAGUCAUUGUCCGCCUUGAAUCAAAUUGGACCAACACUGGCAUCAGCCACCGUCAAGAAAGAAGAAGUACCGGUGGAAACACAGAAAAUGCUGCUGCAGACAUUCGAAAACAUGGCAGGCCUAUUCGAGAAUAAAGUAGAUGACCCAGAAUCCACAUCGACCAGUAUUGAGGAUGCUGGCAUUACUAUAGCGUUCUGUAUGGGUAAUCUCAUAGCUGCUGCAGGAGACUCGGCUCGAGUUUAUGGGGGAAAAAGUGCAAAGGAUGCAGAUCAAGACGAUAUUGAGGACCCACGUGACCAGGCGAAAGGCAUCUCUAAGAAAACAUCGUCAGUGUUAGAAAAAACUACUAAAAAUUUACUGUCUACUAAAGUCCCUGGUGAAAAACCGCUUGUCAUAAAUACUCCUGCAAUGAGCAUUGCACUGGCUCGAAACUUACCCGAUAAGAUAUCUGAGAAGCCGAUUGGAGAUGGAAGUGCAGUUGUUGGAUUACCUUCAACAGAUUCCAUGUUCAAUAACGAUACUCUAACGAAUACAUCGCACAUUGAUGUAAAGCUUCUGAGAUUCGACUCCAACCCUAACACCUGGGACAAGUCCGCUGAGGAUGUCUCAUCCAUGAUGGUGAGUUUGAAGCUCCAAAAUGACGGCGGUAGUGACAUGAACGUAUCUGGACUUCCUAAGGACAUCGACAUUUACAUCCCAAGAAAAGUGUCGGACGAUGUUGAUCCAUCCAAUCAGAAUUUCAUGAACAAUAUGGUUGGGGCAUGGGCGUUUCAUAGAUACAACUGGACUGUGGAAGAGUUGCCGCUAAGUAUACUAGCAAGAGGGGACGUGAAGUUUGAUGUGUACAUCAAGUAUGGAAGUAGACCUUCAAAGAAAGACAAAAAAUUGAAGACACUUCCAGACUAUUCCACUUGCAAAAAGGACAACAAUGGACAAGCCACUUCCUGCGUUGAAGAGCCUUAUAUGAUUACUAUCGACGAUUCAGUUGUAAAAGAAUCUGGUGUAUAUUUUAUUGGUUUGAAAAACUUGGCCAAAGUUGAGUUGAGUACUAAAUCCCGCACGAGAAGAGACUGUGGAAGCGGAACAAGAGAGAAAAGGUCCUGCGUCGAGUACAAAGAUCCGCCACCUAAGCCAACAACUUUACCAUAUGGAAUGGUUGGAGGAGAGCGGGUAACAGUUGUGCCUAAAUUUGAUCCUUUAAGAGAUAUUACUUAUUCUUUACAAAACUUCAAGUCACCUUGUAUGUAUUGGAACGAGGAAAAAGAGGUCUGGUCCAAAGAAGGUUGCAAGACUGGAAAGAACACGAAACUUGAACUAAUUCAUUGUCAGUGCAACCACUUAACGGGAUUUGGCGGAGGCAUGCUGGUUGCGCCUAAUCCAAUCGACUUUGACCAAGUAUGGGCAGGCUUUGGAAAUAUCUCAGAUAACUUGUCCGUCCUUCUUACGAUAUGCACAGCCUUUGGCUUGUACAUACUAAUAGGAGUAUGGUGCCGGAAGAAAGACAAGCAGGACACAAAGAAGGGCGGUGUAACAGUGAUCGAGACAGAUCGUUGUGGUGACAGACAUAGUUACCUCAUCACAGUACAAACUGGAGCAUGGAAAAAUUCGGCCACUACUGCAAAAGUGUCGAUGAACUUAUUCGGACAACGUGGCCAAAGUGGCCCAAUCGCGCUAACAGAUGAUACCAAGCAAUUAUUCGCUCGUGGAGCAACGAAUGAAUUCCAUCUGACUUUACCAGAAAGCCUUGGUUCAUUGCUGUAUUUACGUGUAUGGCAUGAUAUGACCGGAGAAGACUCCUCAUGGUAUCUAAGCUAUGUGAUUGUCAAAGACCUUAGCACCAACCAACAAUGGAUCUAUGUAUGUGACCGUUGGCUUGCUCUUGAGAAAGAUGACGGUUUGGUCGAUCGCAUCUUACUGGUUAGUGGCGACAAGGAGCUUAAAAACUUCAAAACAUUGUUUCGCACUAAGACAUCUAAUGAUCUGUUUGAUGGCCACCUUUGGUUGUCUGUCAUUGGCAAACCACCAAAGAGUACUUUCACACGACUUCAAAGACUUUCCUGUUGCAUGUCUCUUCUUUUCACAACCAUGAUGACAAGCGCCAUGUUUUUUAACAUCGGAGGCGAAGCUGAUACGUCGACAAUUGCAUUAGGCCCUCUGAGGUUCAGUGUGAGACAACUUAUGAUCGGAAUCCAAAGCAGUUUCAUAGCACUUCCAGUUAAUGUCAUCAUCAUUCAAAUAUUUAGAAGCGCAAGACCUAAAGAGGUCGACAAAAAGAAAGAAAAAGACGAAGAAAACGUCGAAGAGAAAACAAAAUGCAGUGACGAAGAGGGAAGAGAAAAAGGAGAAAAAGCAAAAAAACCUGAAGGCAUUCCAUUUUGGACCACUUAUAUUGCAUGGACACUGUGCUUCCUAAUGACCUUGGUUUCAGCCACCAUCACACUUUUCUACAGUAUGAUGUGGGGCAAGGAGACUUCUGAUCAGUGGCUGACCUCAAUGCUCGUCUCAUUUUUCCAAGAUGCUUUUGUUACUCAACCGAUGAAGGUUUGUGGUAUUGCAUUGUUUGUUGCCGCUGUCCUAAAGACGCUCCCAAAAGACUUUGCUGGCGCCAGUAAAAAUGAGAAAUCUGAAGACAAAGACCUUGAUGAAGAGUCAGAAGUAAACAUCAUGAUGUCUGAUAAAUCUCUUGGAGUUGAGCCUCCGGACCCAGAGAUGAUCGAAAAAGCAAGAGAAUACAAAAUGAAAGAAUCUCAAAUGUACGGCAUCAUGAAAGAAAAUAUAUUCCAUGCCGUAUUUUUGUUCAUGUUGGUGGUAAUUAGCUACACAGAGAGAGAUCCCAUGGCUUACAUGCAGAAAAAGACGUUGGAGGACGCGCUUAACUCUCCGGUCAGUGAUCCAAAAGCUUUUUGGGGUUAUAUUGAUAACACAUUUCUUCCAUUCGUCUAUGACGAUACAGCGGCGAAGAAAAGUGUUGACGAAGAAGGAUUCACAGCAGAAAAGGAUUUCUACAUAGUUGGAAUGCCACGUUUGAGACAACUAAGGGUCAAGAGAGGCCAAUGUGAUGUCAACUACACCGUCACAGAAUGCACUAAGCCGUACUCAGCGUUUGAGGAACUGAAAUCCUUUUUCCUGCCAGGAUGGGAAAAAAUGGCAAACUUGACUCCUACAUCUUGUCCUGUCCCUUGGAAGUACAAAGAUUUCAUAGAGUUGAAUGGCAUUCCAUUCUGGGGUCAAAUGGGCGUGUAUGGUGGCGGUGGCUACACAGCUGAUCUGGGCUACACUAUUGAUCAAGCCAGGGGAAUCAUAGGUGUCCUUAAAAAUAAAAAAUGGGUAGACGACCAGACGAGGGCGAUAUUCAUCGAAUUUACCAUCUACAAUGGCUACGCCAACCUUUUUAGCUUCGUGACAUAUUUAAUAGAAAUGCAAGGAAUCGGUGGCAGUGAUUCAAUUCUCAGAAUAGAGACAUUCCGUCUUUACCAAAACACAGGCCCUGGACAGACAAUAGUCAUACUUUGCCAGUUUACCGUGGUCAUCAUCACCCUGAUCCUGGCUUAUGUCAAUAUUAAGAAGAUUUACCACAUGAGAAAAGAAUACUUUAAAAAUACUUGGGAUACCAUUCAACUGAUUGUCAUUAUUCUGACUCUGUCAGCCGUUGUCCUGGUUGUGAUUCGUUUAAUCGAUGCUAAUCGCACGAUGAAAAAACUUGAAGAAAAUCCAUUUUUGUAUAUUAACUUCCAGUACACCACAAAAUGGGCAGAAAUCAAUAAUUACGUCGUUGCUCUUGUUGUAUUCCUCACAACCCUGAAGUUCCUGUACCUGAUGAGCUUUAACCAUCACAUCAUAGUGUUGUACCGAACGGUUGUCCAUGCCAAGCCAAGCCUAGCACUUCUCGCAACAGAAGCAUUUAUACUCUUUGCAUCUCUGGUCAGCUUCUCAUAUCUCGUUUUUGGCUCCAACACUGAAGGCUUUGGUUCAGUUUUCUUAACUAUCCAGACACUUCUUGCAAUGUUGUUAGGCAAAGCAUACUUCACUGAGUUGUCCACAACGGAGCCAUUUUUGGGUCCUUCUUUCUUUGUUGUGUUUGCUAUCCUCAUGGUAUUCUUCUUAAUGAACAUGUUCAUGGCUAUCCUAAUGGAUUGCUAUGAAAUGGGCAAAGAAGAUGUCGCUGCUGAUUCAGAGAACAGUGACCAGUUUGAAAUAGCAGACUUCAUGAUGCAAAGACUCAAGGUGAUACUUGGUGUCGGAGGACCUCCACCACGGGCACCCUGGCAAGAACCAUCACUAAAAUAUAUUGACGAAGACACGCAAAGGCGGCGUGAAAUGAAGAAAAGCAUGGACGAACUACCAACCAGAGUACAAGGAAUUCAAAGGACGCUGACUUAUAUUGACUCAGUGGACGAAAAAACCAUCCAUGACAAAUUGACUUUCGCUGAGUAUUUCAUUUCUCAAUGUUCAAGUGGAAAACUGAACAUGCAAGAAGAAGACAAGUCUCUGUUUUUGGAGUUCUUACAAGACGAAUGAUCAAUGUAUUGAACUAAAAAUUAGAAUCACAAUAUUUGGAUCAUUAGUUAGAAGAUUGCUCAAAAGAAUCGUCAAGAAUGCAUGCACUUAGUAAGUUGAAAUGGUACACUCUUUCUAAGCCAAUAGAUUCUUUUGGUUUCCCCUGUUUAUUUAUUGGCUUGAUUUUUCCUGGCCCUUAUAUAGUACCCUGAUAGACCAGGCUAGGUCUUCUUGCCAAUCUAACCAGCUAUUCCAGGGCUUCUGGAUGGGCAUGGAGCUUUCCUUCUCAUGAGGAUUGUUUAAGAUAUCCUCAAUUACCUUCUAAUAACCAUAAAUAAGAUCUAAAAGGGUUAUUGAUUUUGCAUUUAAUAUCACACCUGAUUAUUAGGCAUGCAGGUACCUCUAUGUACUUGUCAUAAAAAAAAAAGACAUACACGAUUUUCUCAUAACAAGCAUGCGAUAACACACAGAUCAUAUCUGCACAAAAUAUUAUAAAUAAGAACUAAGAACUAAAUUCAGUUAAACAUAAUUAUAAUCAUAAUUUUAGUCUAGAAUUUUCUUAAAUGAUUUUGACGAAGAUCUAUUGAUACCAACAUGAUCAAUCACGAUAUUUCAACAAUGAACGAUAAAAUAGGUCUGAUCAAUAAUUUCAAUCUAACUUCUAUAUUUUUUGAUAAUAUCCGCAUCAUUAUUGGUAUUCCUUAGCCUUGAAUAAACCAGUUAGUAAGAGCUUUAAAUUUAAGCAUGUUGAAAAAAAUUGAAUUGAAUAAAAUAAAAUUACAUUGAAUUUAA